GGAAUAAUACAUAGAAAUGACAUCAACGAAGAAGAAAAAGUAAACGGCAUCAUGGCGACCCCCAUGCACAGGCUGAUAGCCCGCAGGCAAGCGGAGGCAAACAAACAACAUGUCCGCUGCCAGAAGUGCUUGGAGAUGGGACACUGGACCUACGAGUGCACGGGGAAGCGGAAAUAUGUGCACAGACCUUCAAGAACAGUUGAGAUGAAAAAGAAACUCAAGGAGAUUGAAAAGACACCUCUCAGUAUCACCGGACCAGUGAGUGACGGUUCCACUGAGAAGAAAAUGAAAAAAAAGGCGAAAGAUUCCAGCGACAGCAGCAGCAGCGAGUCAGACGGCUCGUCCGGUGACUCAUCCUCAGACAGCAGCGACUCGUCCAGCUCCUCCUCGGAUGACAGCGACAGCAGCAGCGACAGCGACGGCGAGGGGGACAGCUCCGCCUCGUCUUCCUCCACCUCCUCCUCGUCCUCGUCCUCAGACAGCUCAGACUCAGGGAGCAGCAGCGACUCAGAUCAAGGACCUCCAAGAAAAAAGAAAAAGAAGAAAUAGGCGCCUCAGUGGAGAGGAUUCUUCUUGUUGUUUUUCUUUUCUAAAUGCAGCCACAGUUGGUCGGGACGACACCUGCAGAGGUUUACCUAUAAUAAACGAGGACUAGACAUUGUGUCAUUUCCAGUGUUAAUGUCAACUAGUAUGAUAUUUUCUCAAGCUUUUAGGAUUAUAAACUUUGAAUAUGUGAGGAAACUAAUAUGAAUAUUCAUGUUCAGCCUUGUGAAUUUUGUACUUUAGUCUAUUUUAGUCAAACUUCUGUUCAGCCGGCUUUUAUAAAGCAAUGCCAUAUGCACAAGUGUGACUCUGUAAAGGAGGUCAGAAAUGUUGGUCUACUGAAAUCUGAAAGCUAAAUUUAAUCCCUUCACUAAAAAUUAAAAUGUGCUUACUUUUGUACUUCUGGAUUUUUGGUUGAAAAAUGUUAUUUGGGAAGAUUGAGGAACAAAAUCAAAUCAAUAUUGUAUUAGUCAUGACAAUUAAAAGAUUAGAAAUGUACCAGUAUUGAGUUUUUUUUUUUUUUAUUUAUGCGUUUGAGUUUUAAAUUCAUAAGUAAUCUGUCAAGAAAAGGACAAAUUUGUUUCAAUGCUGCUACUAUAUCUAUCUUUGGAAGGUCACAGUGCUCUA